AAAGUUCCAUUUCAUUUUUGACGUUUCAUAAAUAUACAAAAACCUAAAUAAAUUGCGAACCCAUCUGAUAUCUCAAUGUUCUGGAAAGUCUUUUGAAUGGAUAACACGGAUACUGUUUGUUUUAUGUUUCACAAAAGUAUGGACGAAAUUGGACCGGCUGUACAACCUCGAAACCUUCAAGGUUUCAACCUGUUGCUUGGAGCAACCGAAUUCUUCGGCGGAGUUCUAAUAGUGCUUAUGGCAGUUUGGCUAAAUAAUUUUCGUGGUGGUUUUGCAUGGACAGAAGAUCCUGCCCAUCAAUUCAACUGGCACCCUCUCUUGAUGACUAUUGGUCUUGUAUAUCUCUAUGCAAAUGGAAUGCUCAUUUACAGAACAAGAAGAAAUAUGCGAAAGAGAAAUCUGAAACUUAUUCAUGGGGGUAUCAUGAUACUUGUCAUUCUGUUGACUACAAUAGCUUUAAUUGCAGUUUUUGACAGUCACAAUCUUAAUGAUAAACCCAUUCCAAACAUGUAUACUUUGCACAGUUGGGUUGGGUUAACCAGUGUUAUUUUAUUUUGUUGCCAGUGGCUUGCAGGAGGAAUAUCAUUCUUGUGGCCUGGUAUCGAAACUUCUUUGAGAGAGGCUUACAUGCCUGUUCAUGUAUACUUUGGAACUGCUGGCUUUGUGGCAGUAAUUGCUUCCUGUCUUAUCGGACUCAACGAGAAAGCUUUCUUUUCUCUUCCUAACUCGUAUGCUCAACUCCCCACCGAAGGACUUUUAAUCAAUGUGAUUGGACUGAUUUUCGUGAUUUUUGGAGCUCUCACUGUAUACAUUGUGAGCCAACAACGUUACAAACGAGAUGAUAAAUAUGAGGACAGUUACCUUCUUGGAACAAGAGAAAACUAAACUUUGGAUGAUCUCUCACACUUUGUACAAUGAUUGACUGUGCUUCCGUAACGCUUACCAAACAUUUUACUUCUUUGUAACAAUGAGAAGUGGGUGCUAUAUGUACUACAUGUGACGCUUCGAGUCACACGCACAUCGUGAUUUUUUAAAUGUUUUUCAUGUGAUUGAUUUGUCUGUUGGUAAUGAACUAGCACGACAAAUAUUUAUUGAAUAUUUUUUUUGUUGAUUCGAGUGAUAUACAUUUAUUUAUAAGCAGGUGCUUUUGUUAAAAAAUAAAAAUGCUGCAUAUA